AUGCCAUGGCCCAAUCCGUGGUCCUCGUCGACAAAGGAUGAGCCCGAGAUCAAGUACAACGAGCGCCCAAAGGCCACUGGAAGCCUGGAAUCAUCGACCACAAUAACCGCGGAGGACUCUACUUCUGUACAGCAUGCACCCCAUGGGCCAACUUCCUCGAAGCUGUGGACUUUUGCUGAGCCGCAGACCAUCGCUGCUGCUGCCGUGUUGACUGCUGCUUCGCUUGGCUGUUUCAAGUUCUACAAGGCCUACCUCAAGAGAAUUCCUCAAGCAACCAACAUCAACCCCGGCUUCUUUCGUCGCAGGAGCAUCGUAGGAACAGUUACGAGCGUAGGAGAUGGGGAUAACUUUCGGAUUUAUCACACUCCUGGUGGUCGACUUGCGGGCUGGGGAUGGUUUCCUGGUCGACGGGUUCCCACAGAUAAGAAGCAGCUGAAGGGUCAGACCGUAAGUGAACGAGAGCAAGUACUUUGGAGGAUUACGUUGACGUCUUUCAAGAUUCAUGUCCGUCUUGCCGGUAUUGACGCACCGGAGCUCGCACAUUUCGGUCGACCUUCGCAGCCUUACGCGCAGGAGGCCCUCAAUUGGCUUACGGCUUACAUCCUGGGUAAGCGAGUGAGGACGUAUGUUUACAAGAUAGAUCAGUACAGCAGGGUCGUUGGGACAGCCUAUGUGUGGAAGGGACUCCUUCGGCGGGACGUGGGCCUCCAAAUGUUACGGGCUGGGCUGGCCACCGUGUACGAAGCCAAAACAGGCGCCGAGUUCGGCAAAGGCUUGGAGAAGAAAUACCGAAAGGCUGAAUGGUGGGCAAAGACAAAGAGGAAGGGCAUGUGGGCUGCAAGUAAGAAAGACUACGAGAGUCCUCGAGCAUACAAGACCCGGUAUGGAAUGGGGGCACCGCAAGAAGAAUCCAAGCAAUGA